AUGCCGCCGCUACAUGCCGCUGACCUUGACCAGGCUACAAGUGGUGGUGACUUGAGCGAAGUUUCUUUGAGCGAUGUUUACGAGACAACACACAACUAUCCGGGAGGCGAAAGCUCAACAGUUGGCUCUCAAACACACAGCAACGAACCAAAAAAAAAUCAUGACGUGGAAUCAUUGAACGCGGCAAUCCAUGGCCACGUCAGCACCAAUUUUGAGAGUGGCCGUGUUGACAUCGAACUCGAUUCUGGCCUCUGUCGACGCCUAUCUUACUUCAUCCCAAGCACCCCUCGACAAAUCACCAAACGAGCUCCCUCUGUCGAGAGUCCUCCACCGUACACCGAGCAAGGCCCAGAAUCCCUUCGCCUCAAUAUCGUCAUACAAGUUGUUGGAAGCCGUGGAGACGUACAGCCAUUUGUCGCACUUGGCCAAGAACUCCAGCGGCAUCAUCACCGAGUUCGUCUCGCGUCGCAUGAUGUUUUCGGCAAAUUCGUCAAAGAUGCUGGUCUCGAAUUCUUCCCCGUCGGCGGUGACCCGGCCGAGCUCAUGGCAUACAUGGUCAAAAACCCCGGCUUGAUACCGAGUAUGGAGAGCCUCACGAGCGGUGAUGUCCAGAAGAAGCGGAAGAUGGUUGAGACUCUUCUUCGGGGGUUCUGGAGCUCCUGCAUCCAGCCCGACCCAACUACGUCGGAUCCGUUCGUAGCAGAUGCCAUUAUUGCUAAUCCCCCGAGUUUUGCACAUAUUCACUGCGCACAAGCUCUCGGUGUACCGCUGCAUUUGAUGUUCACGAUGCCUUGGACUAGCACUACGGCAUUCUGCCACCCGCUGGCUAAUAUGCAUGGUGAAUCCAAGACACCACCGAAAAUGGCAAAUUACUUAUCCUAUGUGGCAGUGGAAUGGCUCACGUGGCAGGGCCUUCAAGACGUAAUUAAUGCCUGGAGAAGAACGCUUGACCUGGAGCCAGUCCCUUUCUCGGAAGGACCUUGUCUUGCAGAAACGCUCGAGAUACCGUUCACUUACUGUUGGUCGCCGUCACUAGUUCCCAAGCCGGAUGAUUGGCCCGAGCAUGUCGACCCCGAAAAGUUGACCCAAGUGAUUGUUCAGGCCGUUGAAGAUGUCGGCGUACGGGCAAUUGUGUCCAAAGGGUGGAGCAAACUGGGUCAGAACCAACCGGAGAGCGAAAACAUUUUCUACCUCGGCGAUUGUCCACAUGAGUGGCUGUUCAAACAUGUCUGCGCUGUUGUACACCAUGGAGGCGCUGGUACUACAGCUUGCGGUCUGCUCAACGGUCGACCGACAGCAAUUGUCCCAUUUUUUGGAGAUCAGCCGUUUUGGGGCGCCAUGGUUGCAGCAGCCGGCGCCGGUCCUGAACCUAUUCCUGCCCAGCAGCUCAACGCGACCAACCUUGCCAACGCCAUCCGAUUCUGCCUGACACCAGAGGCUGCAGAGGCAUCAGAAGCCAUAGCUGCCAAGAUGAAGUCCGAGUGCGGAGUCCGCCGGGCCGUAGCCUCGUUCCACGCCAACUUGCCCCUGAACAAGAUGCGCUGUGACGUGGUGCCUAGUCUCCCUGCUUCAUGGCUCUGCAAGAACAAGGGCCUUCAAUACAGGUUAUCCAAGGGAGCAGCCGAGAUUCUGAUACCGCUCGAAUCCCAUCCACAUCAGCAAUCGCAGAUGGACCCAGUCACAGUGGCUGCAUCUUCUUUGGCGACUACGGGAACAGGAAUGGUCACGUCGGCCGCUAAUAUAGUACUAAAGCCGUUGGAGGUUCUGGGCAACUCCAGGGCGGAAAGAAAGCAAGCCGCUGUGGAAACAGGUCACGUCCCGAAAUCCGCAUCUUCCGACGGCGACGUCUACGGCCGGUCCGCGGCUAUUGUUCUGCCAAAGACGGCUCCUGAUACUACUGAAGACGAAAAAAACGCCGUUGCUGCAGCAAUGAUUGGGUCUGCCUCUGGCGUGGGAAACUUCUUCAAGACCUUCUCCAAGGGCAUGUUGUUGGACCUACCUCUAGCCGUUACAGAGGGCUUGCGUAACGCGCCUAGGCUGUACGGCGGGCAAGUAUAUGAACCAGGGAGUGUAACCGACUGGAAAUCAGGUGGAGUUGUGGCCGCCAAAUCCUUUAGUCACGGCGUCGUGGAAGGCUUCAGGGACCUUGUCAUGGAGCCUGUGCGUGGUGCUGAACGAGGCGGAGUCGUGGGAGCCAUCAAGGGCGCAGGUAUUGGACUCGCGAACUCUGGGGCCAAAUUAAGUUCCGGUGCGCUGGGAAUCGUAACGUAUUCUGGACAAGGCGUCUAUCAGAGCUUGCGGGCCACGGCCAAAAGGGAUACGAGCAAGAGGGUGAAAGAAGCUAUAUGGGCCGAGGGACCGUACGCAGUGAAGGCUGGGUUGGCACUAAAGAAGGACGCUGUGCUCGAGGCGUUUGAUGCCUUUGUGGCGUCAAAAACUACAUCGUAG